GAUUCGGGACUCGGGAGGGUUCCUAAUCCAUCGUUGAUGAUCUGAACCACUUUUGCCUGUCUUGGUACCUUUUUUUGAUCAGUAUCCUGGUCGGUCGCGCGAUACGAGAAGGAAACGUUGCUCACUUUUUGCUUGCCCAAAAACUUAACUCUUGACUUGAUCCAAUUGACCUUCUUUUCAAGAAAAACCAUAUUGAACUUCUCUCCACGGACCGGCUACCUAGAACCUAGUACCCAGUAACGAGUAACGAGUAGGAGUCCUCAGUCGAGGCCGAACUGCUAUGGCACCUUCAUUCCUCAACUUCAAGGAGCUCCGAAGACGCUCACAAGCGAGCUUCCGUACCAACCGAUCCACCGAUACGUCCAGCUAUGACGAUCACCACAGCCAGAACACAACUCCCACCAACGGCUCCAUUACACCUCCUUCUUUAACAGCUCAGUCUGAUUCAGCUCUCAACACCCAACCCAAAGACUUUCCGCCACCUCCUCCCAUUCCCGGUAAUAGGCCACCAACUCAACCCAAUUCUAAUCGAUAUAGUGUAUCAGGCAUGGCUGGAUUAGGAUCUCCUGUGCUUAACGGCAAAUCUUCACUGCCAGUAUCGCAAUAUGCUCCACGAAUUACCAACUUUUCCGAAAACACUUGGGUCUCACAAAAGAUUCUCCUUGUUAACGGGACGAUUGGUGAACCAGGACUACAUCCGGUAGAUGGGAAUGUUACAGUUUGCAGGGCAGACGAUGGGUUUCCGCCUACAUAUUGGCCCGUCCAUGAGUCGCAGUUCAAGGCCUUGGUAUAUCUCAUGCCCGGAGCAAACAGACUACGAUUCGACUUUUCAAGUCCGAAACUUGCCAACAGUGGCUCUUCGAACCCAAUUCACUCGACCUAUAUCACUGUACACAUGGUCCCUCCUAUGAACGCACCGCCGGUGCAACUCGCCAUCUUGCUCGCUAAGGACUCUCCUGGCACUUUCGAUGCAGUCCCUUCGCGGGUGGAGAGGGAAGGAAACGGGCUUGAAACCGCCAUCCGUAAAUUUCGCAUGUCCGCUUAUCUUUGGCAGGCCUUCACUGCUGAGCAGAUGUGGAGAAACAAGCUUGGACGACGUGUAUUCAGAUUUGAAGAAGAAUGGACCACUGGAACCUGUAAUUACCGGGACCGGGAGAUGGGCACCAUGCGAUCAGAAGCGCGAAUCCAUGUCAUUCGAUCGGACAAGACAUUGGCAGAGAUCAGAGAUCUCGAUAUUGCGCAGCAAUAUCCCAAUGCGACAAAGAAGGGUGACCUCUAUGGUAUUGCUGCCGAUGCUCUCAAUAAAUAUUUCAAGCCACUCCCAGGACAAACACAAUACGUUUCGGUCUUGCUGCUAGACGCGCAUUGGGAUACUGCUUCCAAGACGAUUCUGGGCCACGCGGCUCUGGGGGGUAAUUCUGGCGACUUGCAUAUGGCCAUUUGCGGAUCCCAUUGUCUACAAAGUUAUCCUACGAGCUUUGAGGAGGUGGUACCAGCGUUCACCGAUUGCACGCCUACUGAUACCAAUUUUGUUGCUAAUGAUUGCAACGAGGCUGGUAGUUCUUGGGAAGCUGCCAAUAUUGGUAUUGGCGCCCACCUCCACGAAACUGGACAUCUCCUUGGAUGCCCACAUCAGGAAAGCGGAGUGAUGCUCAGAGAUUAUGUCAAGUUGAAUCGUUCCUUCGUGGCUCAAGAGGCCUAUUCUACUCGAACAAAAUCGAAAGGAGGGCCAGUUUCCCAAGCUGACGAAUGUACCUGGCAUCGACUAGACUGUCUACGGUUCCGGAGCCAUCCCUGCUUUAGGUUACCUAACGAUCCGAUCCUGAACUCCGACGCGAGUAUUCACGCUUGGCCGGUUGAAAAUGGACAUGUUCAGAUAACGGCGGCCACGGGGGUUUCGUUCAUAGAGAUUUAUGCUGAGGGGGAUGACGUCUGUCACACGUGGAUUGAGUACUCGACCGAGAACAAUUCUGUGCAGCGUAAUCUAACUCUCACGGAACAAGAGCUACGAGAUCGAUUGCCAGAAAACAAACGACGAUCAAAGCUCAGGGUUUGCAUCAAAUCUCGUGGCGGUGGAAAUCUGGAAGUUAACGACUUCCACAACCUAUGUUCGAAGGCGUCUUCUUUGAAGCUAUCAUUCGGCAAGUCAGCCUUUAGGAGCGAGAAGCUCGGUUUCUCGCAGAUGGAAGGAAGUCAGCCGCAAGAGUUUGUGUUCACGAGCGCCAAGGAAAAGACUCGAGUUUUAUCUCGGAUUGUAUUCUACCAUGGCUUUGCCUUGGAUGGACUAGAGUUUUUCUACGACGAUAAUUCGAGUCAGCUAUUCGGAAAGCGAGGAGGUAAACCUGGUGGUGAUAGUUUUGAAAUGGACAUUCGCCGUGGCGAGUAUAUUACGGGUUUCUUUGUACGAGCAGGCCUAUGGAUCGACGGCAUCCAAGUCCUUACAAGUCUCGGAAGAAAGUCUCCCAUCUAUGGAAAUGCAACGGGUGGUUCUGCUCACACACUCCUACCACCGCCCGGUUACACAGUCUGCGGUGUAUCUGGUUCGUGCGCAGCCUGGGUCGACGGUUUCUCCGUAAUUAUCACUCGAUAAAGGGUCAAGUCUAUUGAUGCCUAGAUUAUCAAGCAUAUUCAUCACAUUCUCAAGGGGGGGCUGGAGGGAUUCUCGCAUCUGCAUAUUCACUGCUACAGCAUCA